AUGUCUUCUUAUCUGAUCACUGGCGCUUCCCGCGGUCUUGGCCUAUCACUGACCAAGCUCCUGGCUGAAAGACCAGUCGAAAAAGUCCGUUUCAUCGCUGCGACAGCCAGGACGAAAACGCCUGGCCUUGCAGAACUGACGGAGAAAUAUCCUGGCCGCGUAGCCUUCAUACCUCUCGAGGUCACCAAGGAAGAAAGCAUCAAGGCUGCCGUGACCGAGGUGGAGAAAGCAUUGGGUCCCAAUCAGGGUUUGGAUGUCCUCGUCAACAAUGCAGGCAUAGCGAGUCUCACCCCUGGUGGCGUUUCAGAGAUGCAGGACCUGAUGAGCACCUUGGAUGUCAACGUCAACGGACCGCAACGGGUCACUACCGCGUUCCUGCCACUGUUGCGCAAAGGAUCCAGGAAGCUUGUUGUCAAUGUGAGCUCGACAGUGGGGUCCCUCACAUUGGCAAAAUACAUUGCUAUGCUUCCCACGCCGGCGUACAAGAUCUCAAAGACCGCCCUCAACAUGCUGACCCUCCAGUGGGCUUUCCAGUACGAGAAGGAAGGAUUCACCUUCAUGGCCAUCAGCCCUGGGUACCUCAAAACAGAUUUGGGUGGCAAGGACGCCCAUCUUCCGGUAGAGGUGGGAUCCAAGGCUGUUUUGGACAUUUUGGACAUGGCCACGAAGGAGCAGAAUGGGAAGUUCUUGGACAUACAUCUUCCCGAUUUCCCGAGUGAGGGAGGGGUUAAGCUCUACCAAGGAGGGGAGAUUCCAUGGUAA